AGUACAGAGAGAGAGAGAGAGAGAGAGUGUGAGAGAGGCGAGUCUUUAAACCUCUGCGGUGCAGAGCUGAAAAAGCAGCUUCUCGGCGAGAAAGAAAAAAGAAGAAAGGGGAAACAGACGUCCUGUUUACUUCGCUUCCUGGCUCCUUUUUUUUAUUUUCCUGGAGAAAAAAAAGAGGGGACUUAUUGCCGAGAAGGUGCGACGUGGACUGGUGCCCGUCUCAGCGCGCAAACCUGGUAUUUCUUCUAUUAUUAUUAUUAUUAUUUAUCUUGAUAUUUUUAUCCGUGAAUACCCUUCUGCUGAAAGGACUGAGUAUUUUUAUUUUUUUUUUACUUUUGCACUGAGGCAGCACUGUUUUCUACCUCUUGCCCGGUUUCUGCCAGAUUACUCCAGCAGAAGUAGACUAUAUGACGCAAACAGCGUGCUGAGCAUUAGUCUCAAAGUUUUUCUCCACAACUUUUUUUUUCUCCUUUUUCUUUUAUUUUUUUUUUCUUCUUUUUUUUCCCCACCGCCACCAAUCACACGGUGUUUCAUGCUACAGCAAGUCAGCGCAGAUUUGUGGAGGAGCCAAAAGAACUAUUGCAUGAAACAAGAAAGAAGAGAAGAGACUUUGAUUAAUAAGUCCGUGUUUGCGACGCUCGCCAACACCUUUGCGUAUCUGCAGAAGAGUCGCGACAGCAACAUGAGCGCAGAGCUGAGCAUGGGCCCGGAGCUGCCCAGCAGCCCUCUGGCUCUGGAAUAUGUCAAUGAUUUUGACCUGAUGAAGUUUGACGUGAAGAAGGAAGGCCUGGUCGGGCUGGAUCGCAACGGGGUGCGCCAGUGCAACCGCCUCCAACCCCAGGGCUCCGUCUCAUCCACCCCAAUCAGCACUCCCUGCAGCUCGGUGCCCUCCUCGCCCAGCUUCAGCCCCACGGAGCAGAAGCACCACUUGGAGGAGCUGUACUGGAUGCCGAACAGCGGGUACCACCAGCAGAUAGACCCGCAGACGCUGAGCCUGACCCCGGAGGACGCUGUGGAGGCCCUGAUUGGAGCCACGGCUCACGGUCACCCGCAGGCUCCGCACGUCCAGCAGCAGUUGCAGCAGCAGCAGGGAGCCUUCGAGGGCUACAGGGGCCCGCACCACCACCACAGCCAUCACGGCCACGGCCAGCAGCAGCAUCAUCACCCGUACGCGGGGAGCCUCCCGCACCACGCCGAGGAACUCUCCGGACACCCGGGGGGACACAACCAUCCACACAGCCAGCACCACCACCACCACAGCCAGGACCCCGACAGCCCGUCUCCGGUCUCCCCCGAGUCCCACCAGCCGCUCCACCACCACCGCCACCACCACCACCACCACCCGCACGGCCACCUGAGCCAGACGGCCGCGCACCACGGCGCCGGCGGUGGCGGACUCAACGUGGAGGACCGCUUCUCGGACGAGCAGCUCGUGUCCAUGUCGGUGCGGGAGCUCAACAGACACCUGCGGGGCUUCACCAAGGACGAGGUGAUCCGUCUCAAGCAGAAGAGGAGGACCCUGAAGAACCGCGGCUACGCGCAGUCCUGCAGGUUCAAGCGCGUGCAGCAGAAGCACGUGCUGGAGAACGAGAAGACGCAACUGAUGAACCAGGUGGAGCAGCUGAAGGCGGAGAUCAGCCGGCUGGCGCGGGAGAGGGACGCCUACAAACUCAAGUGCGAGAAGCUGACGGGGUCGGGAGCCGGGAGCGGGUUCCGCGAGGCCGGCUCGACCAGCGACAACCCGUCAUCGCCAGAGUUUUUCAUGUGAGUCGUCCCCCGUCAGCCUUUCCACAACAAACUCUCGCCCUCCUCCCUCCCUUCCUCCACCGCACCUUGACCGACUCUCCUCAUGAACAGACAGUAAUAAUCCACACAC